AUGGUGGCAGAGGGUUGUUUGCUGGUGGCGAUGUGUGCAGGUUGCAGGAGCAAGGGUUCAUGGAUCUGGCGGUCAUUGGCGGUUCAGGUGUUGGAGUCGUUGCUGGCAGAUGGGGGCUGUGUCGGGCGGCAUCACGGUGGCAGCGGCGGUGGCGAUUGGGGCACAUGGUGGCUUUUGGGUCAGCAACAAGGAGGCGGCAGUGAUGGAUCGGCAACAAGGGGGCAGCGAUGUAACGGAGCAAGGCGGCAGCAGUGCAAUGGAGGCAACGAGGGUGGUUUCUCAGGCGGCAGGUCUCACGUCAUGGCAGCAUGGUGGCAGUAUUUCAGCGGCGCACGGCAGCGACAACAGGUCGACUGGCAUGGGGGGGGGCUUCUUUGCCGCUUUGGGGCAGCAACAGGGGCUGGUUCUCCGGGUUCUGAUAGCGGUGAUGGAGCGUCUUCAUUGUUUGGCGGCUGUUUUGGGUGCAUUUGGCAGAUUGGGAAACCUCUGGAGCAUUUCUUGGGGGCUGUGGACGAAGUUUCAGCUAAGGGUAUUGCUUCCAUUGCUCAAAAGCUUAUUUCUUCCCCCCUUACGAUGGCAUCUCACGGAGACGUGAUUAAUGUCCCAAGUUAUGACACAGUUAGCAACAAGUUCUGUCUAUAAUGGAAUUGGCCCAUUAACAGAAUUGAUUCAUGCUGGGGAGUCACAACAUCUUUUGUCGUUGAUUCUUAGGAACUGCAUGUCUUUGAGCUG